CUCGAAACGUUACUUGUUCAAAAGAUCUACGGCUCUUCUACGUAGAUGAAGCUGAGCCUCACAUCUACAAAUAUGCACACGUAGGCAAUCUCGUGUGUGUGUGUGUAUAUAUAUAAAUAUUUAUAUCCCCCUAAUAUUCAAUUUUGGCUAAUUUCGGGUUCUUAGAAAUUAAUUAUAUAGUGGAAAAAUAUAAACACUAGAAUUAAUUUUUCAGGCAUUUUCAAUCGUGUUUCGCGAAAAAAUGGCGUCCGGUUUAAUCGGAAGAUUGGUUGGAACGAAGACGUCGAGGUUAACCACGGCGGCGAGGUUGAUCCCGGCGCGGUGUACGGCUUCUGGAACGGAGGCGGAAUCAAAGGCCGCGUCUGGUGGCGGCGGAGGAUCGAAAUUGAAGACUUUUCAGAUCUACCGGUGGAAUCCGGAUAACCCUGGUAAGCCUCAGCUUCAGGAUUACCAGAUCGAUCUCAAGGACUGUGGCCCGAUGGUUCUGGACGCCUUGAUUAAGAUCAAAAACGAGAUGGACCCGUCGCUCACUUUCCGUCGAUCGUGCCGGGAAGGGAUCUGUGGUUCGUGCGCCAUGAACAUUGACGGGUGCAACGGGCUCGCGUGCUUGACGAAGAUUCAAGACGGAGCUUCGGAGACAACAAUCACGCCGUUGCCUCACAUGUUUGUGAUCAAGGAUCUGGUGGUGGACAUGACCAAUUUCUACAACCAGUACAAGAGUAUCGAGCCGUGGCUGAAGAGGAAGAACCCGCCGUCUGAGCCCGGGAAGGAGAUUCUACAGAGCAAGAAGGAUAGGGCUAAGCUUGAUGGGAUGUACGAGUGUAUUCUGUGCGCUUGCUGUAGCACAUCCUGCCCCAGUUACUGGUGGAACCCUGAGUCUUACCUUGGCCCAGCCGCUUUGCUACAUGCCAACAGGUGGAUAAGCGACAGUCGUGACGAGUACACUAAGGAAAGGCUUGAAGCUGUUGACGAUGAGUUCAAGCUUUACCGUUGCCACACAAUCUUGAACUGUGCUCGUGCCUGUCCAAAGGGUUUGAAUCCAGGCAAACAGAUCGCACACAUCAAGCAACUUCAGCGCUAAACAGCUUUUUAAGCAUGCAUGCGGCAAAGCAUUGGGAAACUCAUACGUUUGAAGCUAAUAAUAAUCUUCACAAAACCUCCAGGAUUUUCAAUUCAUUCUUGUAUUGUUGUUGUUGCCAAAUAUUAGCGCCUGGAGAAACUCUUUUGCAAGUCCUCCCCAAGUAGAUCGAGCUUUGUGGUUGUAUCUUGCUGAAAAAAAUCUCUCUUUUAAAAAGUAAUAAAACUCAGGGAAACUUAAACCUCAUCUACUUAUCAUCUACUCUGUUUGUGUUCCAUCUGCAUUGUCUUUUUUAAAAUCAUUUCAUGUACUUGGGUUUACACAUGAACACAGCGUGAUAUACUAUAUCAUUAGCCUAGUCAUAGAAAAAGAUCACUUGUCCAACUUCCUUAACCUAUGAUUGACUGCAUAAGUAUAACUGCAAGAACUAGCACAAACAAGAAAGAUGUCAGCGAAAACACUAGCUCUGUUCUUUGUCUCUUUGGUCAUUAUUGGCACAGCAACUGAUACUGUUCCGAUAACCAAACAGUUUCAGUUCUUCACGAGUUCUCAGGAAGAUGAGAAGUCUCUGGUUUUUACUGUGCAAGGAUGCAACAACGAUUGCGAAACAGCUUGCUGUGACUGCAACAUAGAGGAACAGCCUCCGGUCUGUGUUCGGUGUUGCCAGAUUUGAGCCUUGGAGUCCCCACUAUGUUCAUGUAUAUGUGACAAAGGAAAUGUAAAAGAUUCUAACACCAAGUCCGGAUGUAAAAUUUUGCUGUUAUCGGUGAUACAGAGGAAGCUAAUGUAUUCUUACCAGAAAAAAACAGAGUGAUCAAUCUAUGGAUUUAUAGACUCAGGUCCUAACACCCUGAAACCACCAACUUUUGCAGCCGGUUUAUCGAAUAAUAUUAUGAACAGAUCCAAAUAUGUAAAAAUUGAACUGAGUUUAGAGUGUUAACCAAUCUACAUUAGUACAUUACACAUCAAACACAUCGUGCAUCAUCUUCUUAAACGACAACGUAAGAAGAAAUAACUUUGUGUCGCUCAUAGUCUUUGGAUCAUUAGAUAAAACAUGUGGCUGAGAAUGUUGUUGCCUUCUCA